AUGGCGCCGACGCUCCUGUCUGCCUCCUGGAGGGUCUUCAAGGUACCCUUUAUGUGUGGGGGGCUGUGGAAGCUACCCCACGACCUCCUUGCCUUCCUCUCUCCCUUCCUGGUCAAGGCCGUGUACCGCUACGUCGACCCCAAGGGCAUGGACCACGUCCCGACAUGGCGGGAGGGCAUUUUUCUGUGCAUGUGCUUCUUCGUGAUCCAGUACGCCUCCUCGGUGGCGCUGCAUAAGUACUUCGACAAGGUCUUCGACGUCUCCAUGCAGAUGAGGGGUGCGCUGGUCUCCUGCAUCUACAAGAAGUCGCUCAAGUUGUCUUCCUCCUCGCGCCACCAGAAGUCGCUCGGCGAGCUUGUCAACCUCAUGUCCGUCGAUGUCCAGAGGAUCGUCGACCUUGUGCCGUACCUUCACAACCUGGUAUGGAGCUCUCCCCUUCAGAUCUUGCUCUCCAUGAUCCUCCUGUACCGCAUGGUUGGUGUGGCGUCCCUGGUUGGCCUGCUAGUUAUGAUCGCGAUCAUGCCCAUCAACGCCUCCAUCCUCAUCCAGCUUCGCAAACUGCAGGAGAAGAACAUGGUGGAGAAGGACAGGAGGGUCAAGCAGGUGUCGGAGAUGCUGCACAGCAUCAAGGUCAUCAAGAUGUUUGCGUGGGAGAAGCCUCUGCUGCGCCGCAUCGCCGACGUCAGGAAGAAAGAGGUGAAGAGGCUGCGGAGGUAUGGCUACAUCGCUAGCAUGCAGAGCAUCUUCUGGAACUCUGCCCCUGUCACCGUCUCCGUGGCGACAUUCGGAGCAUACGCUGCUCUCGGGCACCCCCUUACCAUGCAGGUCGUCCUGCCCGCCCUGAGCAUCAUCAACAUCAUGUCCUUCCCCCUCUUCGUCUUCCCCCUCCUCAUCUCCUCCAUCGUCUCAGGCCGCGUCGCCCUCAACAGGAUCAACGAGUUCAUGAGCCUUGAGGAGCGGGACCUCUCGCACAUUCAGUUUACCUCCUCCCAGGACCUCCUCCCCUUCCAGCUCCAGUCCGCCACCAUCGGCUGGAACGCCAGCCGGCCCAUCCUCACGGACGUGAACAUCAAGAUCCCCCGCGGCAGUCUCACGGCCAUUGUUGGCCAAGUGGGCAGCGGCAAGUCGACCCUCCUAUCUGCACUGCUGGGAGAUGCUAAGUGCCUUGAGGGAGAAGUGAGGGCACCCCGAGAGGUCGGCUACGUGCCGCAGCAGGCCUGGAUCCAGAACGCCAACAUCCGAGACAACAUCCUGUUCGGCAAGCCGAUGGACGAGAGGAGGUACAGGGAGGUCCUCAAGGCCUGCGCGCUUGAGGCGGACCUGGAAAAAUUCCCCAACGGAGACGAGACGGAGAUCGGGGAGAGGGGGGUGAACCUGUCGGGAGGUCAGAAGCAGAGGAUAGCGCUGGCCCGGGCUGUGUACCAGAACUUCGACUGCCUCCUCCUGGAUGACGUCAUGAGCGCCCUGGACAGUCACGUGGGCUCGCACGUGCUAGACGACUGCCUCAUCCGUCUGCUGCAGGACAAGACAAGAGUUCUGGUCACCCACAAGCUCGACCUGCUGCCGCUGGUGGAUUACAUUGUCGUGCUCGGGGACGGGAAGGUGCAGGCGCAGGGGACGCUGAGCGAGAUCAGGAUGCAGGGAGUGGACCUGGAGUCCGUGAUCGACAACGUGAGCGAGGAUGAGAGCAAGAAGCAGGAGGAGGAGAAGGGAGAGGAGGGUGCGCAGAAGAAGCAGGAUGCUGAGGCAACUCCUGCUUCUGCUCCUGCAGCAUCGGCGCCGUCGUCUGCUCCUGCGACUCCUGCUGUCGCCUCCUCCUCCACCACCACCUCCUCCUCCUCUGCUGCUGCUGCAAGUGGUGAGGAAGGUCAGAAGUCCAAGGAGGAGAGUACUACAGGGGAGGGAGGAACGUCUGGGUCGUCGGCGAUUGCUGGGAUGGCAAAGAGAUCUCCAUCGAUGUUCCAGCAGACCAACCACUGUCUCUCCUCCUCUCUCCCUCCCUCUCCCUCCCUCUCCCUCCCUCUCCUUCCCUCUCCUCUUCUCACGAGCUCGUCUGCUCAGGCGGCAAGGAACGGCAACGACUGGUGGCUGACUAAGUGGGCCUCUGCUGCUGACCGUCACCGAGUCGCCUUCUACCUCGGAGUUUAUGCUACCUGGAACUUCGGGUCUGCGCUGCCUCUGUCCUGCACAACAGGAAAUUUCUUCUCUUCCCCCAUCACGAUGCUUGACUCUGUCAUGAAAGCUCCCAUGUCAUUCUUCGAUUCGACUCCCAUAGGAAGGAUCUUGAACAGGUUCUCAAACGAUCAGGAUAGUCUUGACUCUACUCUUCCUCGCACGAUGAAUCAGUUCUACACCUGCAUCCUCCGGGUUGCCGGCACCAUCGCCAUGAUCUCCUACGUGUCUCCUACCUUCCUCUUCGCAUUGCUCCCAGUCGGGUACCUCUACUGGUACACGCAGCAGCUCUACUCCAAGACCUCACGCGAGCUCAAGAGGAUCGAGUCGACGACAAAGAGCCCGCUCUACUCGCACUUCGGGGAAAGCAUCGCUGGCAGUACCAUCAUCCGAGCUGGAGGACAAGCAGGACGAUUUUGCCAAGAAAAUUGCGAAAAGGUUGAUCGGGUCAACAACUUGUUCAGCCUCAUCAACGGCUGCAACCGCUGGCUGGCUGUCCGUCUUGAGCUCUGCGGCAAUGGGAUCGUUACUGGAGCUGCCUUGGCUGGAAUCGUAUCGCGGAAGCUCGGGUGGCUCAAUCCAGCGAGGGCGAGCAUGGUCGGCCUGAGCUUGACGCUCGCGCUGUCAGUCACAAACUCACUCGCGUGGAUGGUGAGGAUGAGCACAGAGGCCGAGGCUCAGAUGAACUCCGUUGAGCGAGUCGCGGAGUACGUUGAGAUCCUGUCGGAAGAGGAGUGGUUGGGCACCGUGCUCAAGAACCCAACGGACUUCUUCAAGAGGACGGAGGGCGACAAGACCCACAAGGAGCAGCAGCAGUACCUUGAGCUGUCGGACUGGCCGUCGCGAGGAGAGAUUUCCUUCCACAACUUCUCCAUGCGCUAUCGCCCCGACCUUCCCGACGUCCUCUCCUCCGUCUCCCUCACCAUCCGUGCCGGCGAGAAGGUCGGCAUCUGCGGAAGGACGGGAGCCGGGAAGAGCUCCCUGCUCAUGGCGCUGUUCCGCAUGUCACUCAUCAGCGGAGGACGGAUCGAGAUCGACGGGCAGGACAUCACCCGUGCCCAUGUCGGCCUCCUCCGUGAAGGGCUCGCGAUCGUGCCGCAGGAGCCGAUGCUCUUCCAGGGGAGCAUCGCCUACAACCUCGACCCCUUCGGGGAGUACAAGGAGGAGCAGCUUUGGGACGCUCUCGCCUCCGUCCAGCUCGACGUGUACGUGCGAUCGCUCCCUGAGAAGCUGGAGGCUCAGGUUGGGGAGGGAGGAAGCCACCUCAGUGUCGGGCAGAGGCAGCUGCUGUGCAUGGCGCGAGCGCUGCUGCGGGGAACGAAGAUCCUGGUGCUGGACGAGGCGACGGCAGCGGUCGAUCACGAGACGGACGCCAUGAUCCAGUCGGCGAUCCGACGAGCUUGUCACUCUUGCACCGUCAUCACCAUCGCGCACAGACUCAACACCAUCCUCGACUACGACAAGGUUCUCGUGCUCGGCCAAGGUCAAGUGCUGGAGUUUGACUCGCCCAACAAGCUUCUGUCGGACCCUUCGAGUCAGUUUUCUCAGCUCGUGUCCCUUUCAAAGGUCCGCCGGACGUCGAGUCUGUCCUUCGACGUCGACAAGAUCCCCAGCGAUAGCUGAGAGCAGGACAUGCGAGCUAAGUGAUAAACUUUCAUGGCACG